AGCGGCCAGAUCAGUGGCCAGAUUGCAAGGACAGGGGGGACAUCGAUUCACAGCCCACGAAGUGCUGCUGCGUAGGGCAGAGGACGGACCGAUUGCGUUGGUGCCGCAGCUUCCCGCGCUUCUCCCUCCCGCUGCUCCUCUCAACUUCCAAGCUAUUCCCCCUGUCUCGUACUAAAUGCCUCCCUUCUUCUCCUACACCACUCUCCCCUACCAGCUCACRGAGGGCCCAUAUCCCAUGCACGAGUUCUCGAAGUAUUUGGUGGAGCUAACUGACGUGGAGCCGCUGCCCUUCGCCGACGAAGAUGCGUGGGAGUUGCACCGUGCGCUGUACAAGUCGGUGGCGCUGGGGAUGUUCUGGUUCUUCGUGGAUCAUGAAGACCACUUCAUCGGGGAGCACUUCGUCGUCUACUACGUCAUCACACGGACCAAGCCAGCGGAGAAGGAAGGGACGGUGGCGCUGUACCCCUUCGCCCAGCUCCAGACGAUCGAUCCGGGAUUGUUGGAGCUCAUACAUCUUGAGAUCCUCUCCAUUGCGCAAGUGAUCGCGAGCGAGGAGGAGGAGAUCCAGCCACGAUUGCGGACGGCGACGGCCCCGCGGAGGACAUACAAUGCGGUCGUCAUCCCGGAUUUCAUUGCGCAGCGGGCGGAGAGGUUGGAGGACUUCCCGGAGGAAAGGCCGUUGCGGCCUCCCUCGUCGUAUCCUCGACCAGCGCCACCAAAGGCCCCUAAGAAGACGCCGAAGAGGAAGAGACGCCACCCGUCGCCAGGAGCGCAAGGCAGCAGGAUCGGCGGCGGCGAGGAAGUGAUUCAGACUGCGCGUGCGGCGACGCUCGUUAAGGAGAUAGUCGUGCCAUCGCCGCCCUUUCCGCGUGUGCCCGAUCUCAAUCUUCAUGGAGCCGGGUCAUCAUCAUCAGCAGCAGCCGGAGGAGGAAGCCGAAUGGGAUUUUCGGAUCCCAUAUCCAGACCCCCCGUCCUCACGGGACCUCUCCCGCAAUUGGUGGGGACGCUCAUCUACGAGACCGGGCAGCAUCCCAAUGCAAUGUACCACUUCCUUGUCUUCGCGGCGCAGAAGCGAGAGCGGCGGCCUUACACCGAGACUCAUGUGGUGAUGACGGUACGCAAAGUGUACCAAGAUUUUGGUCGGCCUGUUGCCAUAGUGUCACUGGGCGAUGAUGUCGCCGACCUCUUGAGAACCGUCUAUAGAGGGUGGGUCUUGCGAUCGUUGUCCGGGAAACUCGUCGUGUUCCGCUGCCGUGUAAAGAGCCAACUUGGAGCAAUGAAAGACCGGGUAGACGAGCAAGUGGGCGGGAACCUUAACGGUGAAGGAAGGUUCCUUCGGUGCAUCCCCAGAGGGUGCCACGACCGGUCAGGGCCCCAUCCAUUUCAGGAGGAGCUUGCCAGAGAUAACUUGUUCGAGGCUGAACUUCGCGGCGGAAACCCAAACAAGAUCGCCUGCGCCGAAUGGACAAGGAAGACCCUGGCGAUUGGCCUGUUGGCUCAUGCGUUGCUGCGUCUUAGCCAUCUGGUUGCGUGCGUUGACAAGUAGCUCUUGCAUCCGACGCAAGAAAAGAAGAUGGGCAUCGCUCUCGGCCGCUCGUGGAGUGGAAUGACUGUGUCCAACAGAGAAGUGACCAGCGAGUUGUGCUCGAACUCGAAGGGCGACAUCCCGAUAGUCGGGUGAAUGGACGAGUUGUAUGCCAACUCGACAUCCGGCAGCCGCUCAACCCAAUCCUUUUGGUCGGGACUGAUAAAGAGUGCGAAAGAGA